GAACGUUUGCCCCGCACGAGGCAGCAACACAUUCAGGCAGAAAGAGAUAGCAAUGGCCGCGUGUCAUUGGAUUGGUGGUGCUGGUGGUGGUUGUGGUGCAAGCGUUAACUGGACGCGACUGCUGAUUCUAUUGUUAGCUGGCAUUGGGAUGAGUCAGCAGACGCCUAUCGCCGACAAUUUCUACACAGCCGGCGUUGUUGAAUUUCGUCAGGCAGUUGGCCGAGAUGCCAAUGCAAAUCUAGCUGAUAAUCUGGCUGGAUAUUUGUCGAUUAUUCAGUCGUCCGAUGCGGAUGACGAUGACGAUUCCGAUGCCGAUGUUACGGAUAUUAUUGUUUUUCCGGAGGCAACGCUAAACGGACUCGACACGCUCAGCUUUGUGCCAGCGGUAGAGGAGCAGGUAACACCCUGUUUAUCCGAUCCAAAUGCCAGUUACUAUGCCCCAUUCCUGGUGGCGAUCUCCUGCGCAGCUCGCACUGCCCGCAAAUACAUUGUGAUCAAUAUUAGCGAACAGCAGCUCUGCUCCGCUACGCCCGAGGAUACGCGUCCUUGUGCACCCAGUGGCUAUAAUGUGUUCAAUACGAACGUGGUCUUUGAUCGCAGUGGAUUGGUCGUCUCCAGAUAUCGCAAGGUUCAUCUCUAUGGUGAGCCAAGGAAUACCACAUUUGUGCCCGAGUCCAUCAGCUUUGAGACGGACUUCAAUGUCACAUUUGGACAUUUUGUUUGCUUCGACAUCCUGUUCUAUGUGCCCGCCCAUCAAAUGGCUGUUGAGCAGGGUAUCACGGAUUUUAUCUUCCCCAGCAUGUGGUUCUCCCAGCUGCCAUUUCUCACUGCCGUCCAAGUGCAGCAGGCCUGGGCAUACAGCAACGAUGUCAAUCUAUUGGCAUCGGGUGCCAGUCAUCCGGAGUACGGCAGUUCCGGUACAGGAGUCUAUCAUGGAAGGGCGGGCACCAUCACCAGCAUGAUGAAGACGGGAGAAGGCGAGCGUCGCUUGUAUGUGGCUCGGGUGCCAAAAUAUGCAAAGGCUGAGCCAAUGCAAAGAGCGCGACGCUCUCUAAGGCAGACAGAGCUUCCCAACUCCCCGACCAGUACAGAUUUCCAAAUGAAACAGGAUUACGUAGAUCAAUAUGAGAGUAAACUGCUGAAGCUGGACGAAGACAAGGCAAUGGGAACUGUGAAAGAGGAGGUGUGCCAUGGCAAGUUGUGUUGCCACUUCGAGCUGGAGUUUCGACAGUCGAAGGAUGGAUUACACAAUGGUAGCCUCUAUAGCUAUAGGCUGGCCGCCUACGAUGGCUGGCGCAAUGAGCAGGAAGUGGAUGCCAACUAUGUGCGAAAUUGUGCCAUCUUCGCGUGCAACGGACCCGACAUCAUGGAUUGCGGACAGUUGCUUGAUGGCAGUCGAGCUCAGUUAAUCUUCAGCCGGUUGGUCAUUGAGGUGGACUAUCCUAAGUCGCGGGAGUUUCUGCUAAUGACCAAUAGUGUGCGGGAAAAUCUGCUGCCUCUGGAGCCGGCACAGUUUAAGUUUGCACUCUCGGAGCUCAAGAAUGGCAAUCAGGUGAAUGCACGUUACGCAUUGGCUGACGACGUGGAGGUGUCCGAUCUGCUCACUUUUGCCAUCUAUGGCAACUACUAUGAUAAUAUUUGCACCUUUGGCGUUGGCACCCAGCAGCAGAGUCUCGACUGCGGCUUCAAGCCAACUGAUGAUGGCGCUGCUCAGCUUCACUUGAGUUUUGGCUUUUGGCUGAUUUUGGCUCUAACGUUCCCAUUUCAUUCAGCAAGUUAGAGAAACAAGUUUUCUUCGUCUUUCUUUCUUGUAAAUUAUAAUAAUCAUAUUCUGAGGCUUCUCUUCAUUACCUAAGCUGAGCAGAACUCACUUUCAUAUAUAAAUAUAUCAUGUAUAAAUAAUUUAAGUUUGCUAAGAGUGUCUA